GCAGGAUCCCGUGACCAGCAGCCAAAUUUUGGUGAGAGCCGAAGCUCUCCAGAGGUGGUCUAUUCCCAGAAAGAGGGAUGUUGGCAGCCUGAGCCCUGUCCUUUCAAGUGAUCUCCCUUAUACUUGUCAUCUCAUCUCCCAAAUCCGUUUGCCCCUGAAGCUUGGUCAGUCUUCGUGUUUCAAACCAGUGUUUUAAGUGAUGUCACAAAGCCGGGGUUCCAGAAGACUAAGGUAGCCCAGCACUGCAGCCGUCUUUCUUAGUUGGGCACAACUGGAGUGAGUGGUGGGGAGGGGAAGGUUCCUGCUUGAAACUGCUUUGUUCUACAGAUCUUCAUAAAAAGUCCUGGGCUGCCUGGGAUUUGGGGCCAAAGAGGGAUGACAGAAAGGUUCUCCCAGAAGACCAGCAGAAGUCUGUGAGGUGAGAGCAGUAGGCCCUCUAGGGCCCUUAUUGCUUCUGAGGAUGGCCAGGGCGCUGCUCAUUUCCUUGGCCAGCUGCCUGCUUGUCGUAAACCAAGCCUUCAUUGUUAGACGCUGCGACUUGGCCAAGGUUCUGCACGAGGAGCAGCUGGAUGGGUUUGAGGGGUACUCCCUGAGUGACUGGUUGUGCCUGGCUUUUGUGGAAAGCAACUUCAACAUAUCAAAGGUAAAUGAAAAUGCAGAUGGCAGCUUUGACUACGGAAUCUUCCAGAUCAACAGUCACUACUGGUGCAAUGAUUACCAGAGUCACUCGGAAAACUAUUGCCACGUGGACUGCCAAGAUUUACUGAACCCCAAUCUUCUCUCAUCCAUCAGCUGUGCAAAGAUCAUUGUGUCUGCAUCAGGGGGGAUGAGGAACUGGGUGAGAUGGAAGCUGCACUGUGCAGACCGGCCACACACCUACUGGAUGACAGGGUGUCAUCUGGGAUGAAGCAGGUUGCAGGGCCACGGAGACUCAUUCCAGGACCCCUGUCCUCCUUUGGGAUUCUUUCCGUGCUCUUGUUUCUACUUGAUGUUACUUUCUUCCCUACUCAUGCACAAAUAGGACUGACUAGAUCCCCCGGGAGAGAUGCCUUCCUUAGACUUACAUAU